AUGGCCGGCUCAAAACUUUCGGCAAACAAAAUACAUCGCCAGGAGCGCCAUGUUCAAGACAAGCGAACAUCGAGCAAGGCGAAGCGCGAGGAGCGCAUGCGCAGGAGGAAGGAAGAAGCCAAGGAUCCCGAACGAAAACAAGAGCGUCUUUCCCGAAAUCUGACCAGGACCCUCGACCAAAAACGAAAAUGGGACGAAGCAGACGAGGAAAAUCUGUAUUCAAAUGCUGAUGUGGCGGCAAUGAAACGGCGCAAGCUGGAAGAGGAGCAGAACGCGGCCGCAGACGAGCCUCUUGAGGAUGAGAAUGACGAGGAAGAAGACGACGUGGACAGCAUGCUGGGCUCCGAUGACGACGAGGAGGCAGACGAAGAUGCUGUGAAGGAGCGGAUAGAGAAGAUGCGGGCGAAACGGGCAGAGCGACAACCCAGCGCGGCACCUUCUACAACGAGCACAAACUUUGACAUGACGCCCGCAGUGCUGUCUGCCAAGUUCCCGAAUCUAUUCAGCGACGAGCCUCCUAAACCCCCCAAGGUCCUCGUCACGACGUCCAUCAAUUCAACUCUUCACAAGGAGGCAGAGAUCCUCACGUCGCUGUUUCCCAACUCCGAGUACAUACGGCGGUCGGCGCAUCGCUACGGGCACAAGUACAGCGUCAGGGAGAUCUGCAAGUACGCUUCCAACAGGGAGUACACGGCGGUGCUGGUGUUGAACGAGGACCAGAAGAAGCCCAACCGGCUCACGAUCGUGCAUCUGCCCCAAGGGCCGACACUGACAUACUCCGUCAACAACUGGAUAGAGGGUUCCAAGCUGCCCGGCCACGGAAAAGCCCAGGAUGCCUACUACCCGGAACUGCUACUCAACAACUUCAAGAGCAGUCUCGGCUUGCUGGCAGCCAAGAGUUUUCAGACGCUGUUCCCACCUCAGCCUGAUAUCGAGAUGCGGCAGGUGGUCACACUACACAACCAACGAGAUUACAUUUUCCUUCGCCGGCACAGAUAUAUAUUCCGAGACAGGAGGGAAACAGAAAAGAGCGUCCAAGCCGCCGACGGGAAAGAAUUACACGGCGUCGAAGGGAUAAGAGUCGGUCUGCAAGAACUUGGCCCGAGGUGCACGCUUAAGUUGCGCAGGGUCGACAAGGGCAUCGGCCGGGCGGGCAGCGAGGGCGAGGACGCGCUGUCGUGGGAGUGGAAGGCUAAGAUGGAGAAGGUGCGGACGAGGUUCAACCUGUAG